UUUAGGAUCCAACUCCUCUCGUAGUAGUACACAUAUCUUACCCUGUAGCCUUAGGAUCCAACUCCGAUAUCCACCUAUCCGUUCCGACUUUUCGAUGUCAGCGUGGGUGUGGCCUUCAUAUGUUCAUCCGCUAAAUUGCGUACGUGGAUCCCUGAUUCCCUCCUCAUCGCGGUAAAGGGUAGGCCGGCGCCGACUGUGAUAUAGUCCGACACAAUCUACAUAUGCCGCGGGCGUCCGCUCCCAAGUCCGGACGGUCAAACGGACAGACACUUCAUUGUACCGAGAUGCAUCAGAGCCCUCGUACUUCCUCAGCACCUGCAGGUCGCAGUGAAACGUCCGAGGUCGAUUCAGAGAGCUCAGCCAGCUCAUCAACGAAGAGGGUUCGCUCUCGCGUCCAAAACGUCCAGGGAAUUAUUCCGAGGCCUGUACACGUCAAGCAAGCCCCGUGCUGUGGCAUGGGCACGGCGUCGCCGACCGCACGGCGCAGCGACGGAACGUUUGAUGCCAGCCGCGUGCAAUGUUCGACUUCAUUUUGCUCCCGCGGGCCCGUAUCCCCAUUUGCGCGGGCCUUUGUGCGCCGCCCGACUCGAGCCAGCAUCGGUGAUGGCGGCCUGACGCACUGAUCCAGAGACGAGGCUGCUUGAUUCCACUCAUCUCAGCGAUGCGAUCAACACACGAGCGUGUUCCGCU